AUGCGACUACCGAAUCUAUUGGAGCACGAGACUAUCAACGAAGCCAUACAUCAAUCAAGUGAUUGGAAAUCAUUGUUACAGUUGAACUGUCAUCCUGAUACGCAGCUAUUUCUAUGCUCCCUAUUCGCUCCCAUAUGUCUUCCGACAAUGGACAAGGAGAUCCUGCCCUGUCGAUCACUUUGCGAAGCUGUAAAGCAG